AAUGUACCUCAGAACAAUGAGAAAACCUAGAACCCAGAUCAGGAUGUCUAAAUGCCAUUCCCCAUUGAAGACAGCUGAUUCUAAAGAACAUGAUAAGUGUAUGAUGAGACAUUCCUGAGCAGGGGGCAGAAUAAGUCUUCCCACCAAGAGGCAUGGCUUUACCUUUCAGCUUGGCUGCCCUUUCUUUGGGAUAUGGAUGUAAUGAGGCCUUUGAUAAAUGAGCAGAAUUCUGAUGGGACAUCAGAUGAGGAACAUGAGCAAGAGCUCCUGCCUGUUCAGAAGCAUUACCAGCUUGAUGGUCAAGAGGGCAUUUCAUUUUUACAAACUCUUAUGCAUCUUCUUAAAGGAAAUAUUGGAACUGGCCUUUUAGGACUUCCAUUGGCAAUAAAAAAUGCAGGAAUAGUGCUUGGACCAAUCAGCCUUGUGUUUAUAGGAAUUAUUUCUGUUCACUGUAUGCACAUAUUGGUACGUUGCAGUCACUUUCUAUGUCAGAGGUUUAAAAAGUCAACAUUAGGUUAUAGUGACACUGUGAGUUUCGCUAUGGAAGUGAGUCCUUGGAGUUGUCUUCAGAAGCAAGCAGCAUGGGGACGGAGUAUGGUUGACUUUUUUUUGGUGAUAACACAGCUGGGAUUCUGCAGUGUUUAUAUUGUCUUUUUAGCUGAAAAUGUGAAACAAGUUCAUGAAGGAUUCUUGGACAGUAAAGUAUUUGUUUUGAAUAGUACCAAUUCGUCAAAUCCAUGUGAAAGAAGAAGUAUUGACCUAAGGAUAUACAUGCUUUGCUUUCUUCCAUUUAUAAUUCUUUUGGUCUUCAUUCGUGAGCUAAAGAAUCUAUUUGUACUUUCAUUCCUUGCCAACAUUUCCAUGGCUGUCAGUCUUGUGAUAAUUUACCAGUACAUUGUUAGGAACAUGCCAGAUCCCCACAACCUUCCAAUAGUGGCUGGUUGGAAAAAAUACCCGCUUUUUUUUGGUACUGCUGUAUUUGCUUUUGAAGGCAUAGGAGUGGUCCUUCCACUGGAAAACCAAAUGAAAGACUCAAAACGCUUCCCUCAAGCUCUGAAUAUUGGCAUGGGCAUCGUUACAACUUUGUAUGUGACUUUGGCUACUUUAGGAUAUAUGUGCUUUCGUGAUGAAAUCAAAGGCAGCAUAACUUUGAAUCUUCCCCAGGAUGUAUGGUUAUAUCAAUCAGUGAAAAUUUUGUAUUCCUUUGGCAUCUUUGUGACAUAUUCAAUUCAGUUCUAUGUUCCAGCAGAAAUCAUUAUCCCUGGAGUCACAUCUAAAUUUCAUGCUAAAUGGAAGCAAAUUUGUGAAUUUGGGAUAAGAUCCUUCUUGGUUAGUAUUACUUGUGCUGGAGCAAUUCUUAUUCCUCGUUUAGACAUCGUGAUUUCCUUCGUUGGAGCUGUGAGCAGCAGCACGUUGGCCCUGAUUCUACCACCUUUGGUUGAAAUUCUUACAUUUUCUAAGGAACAUUACAAUAUAUGGAUGAUCCUGAAAAAUAUUUCUAUAGCAUUCACUGGAGUUGUUGGCUUCUUAUUAGGUACAUAUGUAACUGUUGAAGAAAUUAUUUAUCCAACUGCCAGAGAUGUAACUGGUACUCCACAAAAUCCCUCUCUGAGUUUGAAUUCAACAUGCUUAGCAUCUGGUUUGAAAUAACAGAAGCAGAGUUCAGAUUCUUAUACUUUUGUCUCAGUUUUGAAAGCAAUUAAAAUGAGAACAGUAAAAUACACAUCACCGUAUACUCAAAAAUAGAUCAUCCUCUCCCCAUUUUUGGCACAGUGUUAAUAUUUUGGCAGAAAACUACAAUACUUUACCAGUAAUGGUGAACUAUGACAUGCUUUAAAUAAUACCAAUAAUGUUUAAAUUACUUUGGACAAUUAGAAAAAUUAAAAUGUAAAAAAGUUAAAGAAUAAAACUAUUUCUAAAUUAUUUAUAAUUUUUGUAAGAAACACUUUAAUCAAGAUUUCUCUCUUACCCCCAUGCUACCUUUUUGCCACCAAAUUGAGGAGAUAUAGGACUUCAGCAGUUUGGGAAUUAAAUCAGGACAUACAUAACAAAAGUCUCUCUCUAGACCAUCCAAGUGAAUAUCAGAGUAAGCUUUUUGUAUAACGUAAGAAAAUAUGGAUUGUUUUUAUUAGGUAUUUAGCCAAAUACUUACUUAUGCUUAGCCCAUCCAUUGGAAAAUAUACUUCCCAUGAUAUAAGCAUCAGAAAAUCCCCCAAACAGAAUUAUUUUUACACUGUACUGUAUAGUAGGUGAUAUUCAUAUUAGGCAGGAGGUACUUAGCAAGAUUCUGAUUUAGUGUUUCAGUCAGAUUUGGAAGGGACUUUAAAGGUUACCCAGUACAAUUCCUUGUAAGUUGUAAGUGUAGACUCAGAAAAGUUAAGCAACUUGGUCAAGGCUGCUCGGGCUUGAGAAAAAGAGAACCUGAUUUCUUGACUACCAGGCCAGGGAUUUUAUUUUUCACAUCACAUCCAAGAAUAAAUUAUCUUCAGUUUAAUUUUAUUGUUGAGUCUAUUUAAUUAUAUUUUUAUAUUUUGAAAGUGGGUAUAUGAUCUUUGAAUAGUAUACAUCACCUGAACAGAAAACCAGGAAACUAAGAACCGAGCACUGUGGCUUCAUACCUCAGCAAGGGAAAGAAGCAAUUGUUUUUUAAUACAGAAUUGAGACCAUUGCUGCUAUGACAUGGUGGGCUAGAAUGGGCUGUGCUGCAGUGUUUGUGGCUGGAGCUCUCCUUAUGUUCCUUCUCUUCCCUCAGUUUCAUAGGCACUAUCUUCCUUAACAGCAGAAAAUAGAUACUGACGAAAUAUAGGACUUGUGGAUUUUUUCAGCCUUAUGGUUUUCCUUCUUCCAGUCUUUCAUUGAUCUGAUUGGGCAAAAUAAAAGAACCAUAAAAUGCAUGGAUAGGGGGCUGGGACUGUAGAGCUCUCAACUAGCGUGUAUGAGGCGCUGGGUUCGAUCCUCAGCACCACAUAAAAAUAAAUAAAAAAGAAAUAUUGUGUCCAACUAUAAAAACUAAAAAAAAAUUUUAAAAUGCAUUGAUAGGAAAAAUUCAAAUAAUAAUAAUCUAUUAACUAAAUAUUGAGACACUCCAGGUAUCUUCCAGAGAAAUACCUUCUAUUCUUCCAAAUUCUUCAAGCACACUUAAUAACCAGAACAAAUAAUCUCAUUUGAUGUGGAAGAUGAAAAUUAUUAAGUUUAAAGCAUAAGGAGAAGAAUUUCUUUUGACUUAAAAAAAUUCAAACUUUAAAACAUGGAACAUUUUAAUUGGCCUGGUGGUAGUCUAAUGGAUAAUGCUGCAAGAUGCCAUUAAACUCACUGUAGAGAUUAUAUUCUCUAUUUUUGUAUAUAAAUGUUUACAUAGAUAUUUUUUGCUUAUGUCAUUCACUGAUCAUCAAUAUGAUCCUAAAGAUAUAUCAGAAGCUUUAUUUUGCUACAGAUUCAUAAGAAUCAAAACUUCUUAAAAACAUUUACAUUAAGUAUUGCCAAUAAUAGUUUUUGUAAUACUUUUGUAUUAAAUAUGUUACAUUGAGUCUUUAUUCAUACUAAGAGAAUAUGGAAAAGGAAAAGUAAUCUUCGUUGAAACUAAUGUUAUAUAAUCUUGAAUCUAAAAAUAAAUUAGACGUUUUAAAAAUUUAUAAAUUGUAAAAUGAUUAAAAAAACCAUUGCUUAAUGGAAAAUAGCAUUAGUUUUUUGUCAGCUAUCUUCACAAUGUAUUUAUAGUCUGUGUGAAAUUUUAUUUUUGUACUUUCACCUAUUUAUUUCCUUAUGGAAUUAAUAAAAUAUAAUGAAAUGUUGAAUAGUUGAUCAUAAAAAUAAAUUUUACAUUUAGCAUCAACACAUCUUGAGCAUGUUGUCAACUGGGCUUUCAUAUGCAGUGAUAAUGCUGACUCAACAUCUAAUUUGAAAGUCACUAAAUUAUCAAGAUUCUACAAGAAAAAGUUGAAAUUUAGAAAGGAAGAAGGGCUAAAGGGGGAGAAAAUGGUUUUAAUUCUUAAGAUACACUAAAUGCAGUGUUUCAAUGCACUCUUAUUUAAGCGUAUUUGAUAAUAAUAUUACUACAUAAUCAUUACAGAUUUUAUGCCAGUUUUUUUUGAAAGUGGGGUACAACCAUUAUGUGAAGUUUUUUUUUUUAAGCAUUGUGUUGGUAUUACUUAAAAAUCAUUUCUUACUAAGCUGUCUUUGGUGGAAGAUCAGGAUGCACAGAAUGCUCAUGAAUAUGCAUUAGUUCAGUGUCAAUGAUUCUGCAGUGAAAUACAUAUUUAUCAUUGGUAAUAUUUUUCUGAAAUUUAGUUUUUAUGAGUCAUAACAUUUUCUAAAGAUUUUUGGAGAAAAUAUUUUGAUUGUAUCAGCUGUUGGUUUUACUUUGGGAGCUGGGAGAAUUGAGAGUGAUUGUACCUGUGGAAUUUUGUGUCUACUGUUUUUUGGUCCAUCAUGAUAUGCUUGAAAUGACAGCAUCUAUCUACUACACAGUGAAAUUUUUUUUCUGAAAGUUGUCUUGUCUGAGAGUCAUCUCUGCUGAAUGGGUGGGGCAGGGGAGAAAACCUUUAUUUACCUCUGGUGAAGCUCUGUUUUUACCAAGUUAUCUCUGCUCCCUUACACCUAGAGUUUUAUUAGGAUCAGAGUCAACUUGUUGUUAAAGCACUGCUUCCCAAACAUUUUGUCAGAGGAAAUUUAUUCCUCAUGGCCAGAUUUCUUUACAAUUAAGUAAGAGUUUUUGUUGGUUGAAGAUUACUUUAGAUAGUGUUACCAAAUGAAAAUAAGUAUUGUAUUAGCAAAUGCCACAUUACACUUUAAUUCUGUCCUUAAUUCUUCUUUAUUAAAAUGAUCUCUGCCUCUUGUGUAGAAAAUGCACUUAAAUUUUUACAAGAGGAUUAUACACUGCAUGUGUUAUAAAUUUUCUAAUGGGAUUUGAUUUCCCUCAAUAUUUGCUUAAUAGUUACAUAGAAGCUGUUUAACUUCAAAGUAUAAAAUAUUAAAGUUCUAUAUUAUGCCAUUUCUAGUGGUGAAAAAACACAGAUCUUGCUGUAACAUACCUAUCUAUCUCUUCACCACAGAUGUCAAUGCAGCAUCUGAGUAAUGCAUUUGUUGACAAUAGGUACCCAAAUUCCAUUUCUUUAUCUCUUAUUUUUCAUUUAAAAGGGAGAAGAUACAGAGUAGAGUAGAUGUAUAUAUUACAUAAAAUUAUUUAAAUAAUACUAGUAUUUCAAUGAAUGUUGAGGCAUAAAAUAAUUUGCUAAAAAUAAACAUUAAUUUUAAAAAAUUGAUUUAUUUUGGUCUUUUUGGCUCCCUCUUCAUACUAUAAUUUGAGAAGCUGAUCUAAAAGAUUGGAUACUUCUAACAUUAAAUUGCAGACUGUAAUAGUUAAUACUUUAUAGAAUUAUGGUUAGUCUAAUACAUACCACUAACAUUUAAUUCUAGGUCUCAUAUCAUUCUGAAACUGGUUGGUUUUGGCCUAGGAGAUCAGAAUAUAUGCUUAAGAAAUGACUAGACAUGGUAUUUGUUGUCCUCCCAUAAGUGAAAUGAUGGAUCACUCUGAUUCUUUAAAGUUUAUGUUAAAAUAGGCUAAUUCCUGCUGGAAUGUGUGCACCCACAUGUACAAACACACACCAGUAACUUAUGUGAACUAGACAAAAAUAUAAUCUACCAUUUAAAUUGGAUCCUGAAAGAUGAUAUAUUGGAAAUACCACUCUAAAAAAUUGUGCAUUUGAGUUUUUUAGGCAACAAAUAGGAAAAGACAUGCUUAUGACCUAAAUAAAUCAAGCUGUGGAUUUUUGUUUUUCAAAAGGAUUUUGUUAGUUUUAGAACUGAAUAUCAUUGUGCUCGAGUCAAUUGUUUUAUUUUUCUUUGUAAAAGAAUAUGAAAAAGUCUGUCUUAAAGUACUGUAAUGCUUCUGAAUUUUCAAUAAAACAUAAUUAUUUUGC